AUGCCCCCCAAAAACCUCCUCGUCGUCUUCGGCGCAACCGGCUCCCAAGGCAACUCCGUAGCCACUACCACCCUCUCCUCUACACCCUAUCUACCAAAUACUCCGUCUACGCCAUCCCCCGCAAACGCCACCCACUCGCAUACCCAGGCCCUCGCCCUCGCCUUCGUCCUCGAAGCCGCCAUCACCUCCCCCUUUACCCUCCCCGCCGCCCUCGCAGGCGCCCACACCAUCUCCAUCGCCCCCACAACCGACUCCAACAACCGCACCCGCGCUCUCGAAAUCCAGCAAGCGGUAUCCGUCUGCGCGGCCAGCAUGGUCGCCGGCGCCGCCUACCUCAUCCGGAGCAACCUGCCGAACGUAUCUAGCGCACUUCGACGUCAACGAGGAGGUCCAUCGGUGUAUCCACGGCCUGCCCGUCCGAAGCGCGUUCGUCCUCCCGGGGCGGCUUUCACGCAGAAUGUCCGCGGGAUGCUGAGGCCGGUCACGGGUGCCGCGCGCGAGGGGACGCGGGGAUGUAAGUGGGUUGCGGCGAUGCUUGCAGCGCCGGACGCGUGCGAGGGGGAGAGGGUGUGCGCGGCGACGGGGUUGUGUACGGUGCGGGAUAUCGCGGAGAGAAUGUCGAGAGCGACGGCGAAGAGGGUGGUGGGGGUGAUGAUGGAUAUGUAUUUGUGGAAUCGCGAUUAUGGGGAUUUUGGGGAAGGGCAGGGGGGUAGUGUGAGGUGGGCGGCUGAGCAAGCGAAGGGGGGGUUGAUGACGUUCGAUGAGUUCUUGAGGAUGAAUCUGUUGGUGUUGUAG